CAUUAACUGUGGGGAACACAGAAAUGUAAAGAAACGGGACGCGAAGAAAACAAUAAACUUGCAGAGAAAAAACCAGUUGUUCUAACUUCUAAAUCCUGUGUUGCCUAUUAUCACCCACAUACGUUUGUUAAAUAUCUGCUAUUUGCGUCCUCUUCUCUCCCUUCCUCUUCUCUCCCUCUGUAUAUCAAUCUCUGGAAUUAUCAAGUGAUUCUGUACCAUGUGUACAACGAGAAUGGAAUGGUCAUUCAAUCCAGAAACAAUGGAGCUCAAUACAGGAGGCUUCUGUUGCAACGGGAAGCAGCCUUUAGAGCAUUCUACAUCUACUGAUAAAGAAAAACAGCCCAUGGAAAAAGAUUUGAGCACUUCUAUAUUUGUCAAUCAUGCUGCAAUAGCUUGGCAUGAGAGUAGAAAAAGGUGGGUGGGGGAUCAAUCUCGGCGAACAAAGAGAAAGGGAAAGGAACCAAUUAUAAGCUGGUCCAUGGGGUAUGAAGAUCUGCUCUCGACUAAUGAGCCUUUUUCUGAACCAAUUCCUCUACCUGAGAUGGUAGAUUUUUUAGUUGAUAUUUGGCAUGAUGAAGGCCUUUACGAUUAGAUGGCUAAUGAUAAUGUUGGAGUAGUUGGAUGAAGACUGAUGGAAAGUGGACGGUACAGUUUACUUGGUCUAAUUUCUUGCUUCUAAUUCUUCCUUUUGUUGAAGGAUGAAAAGCCUUUAAUGACUGAAAUAGUCAGAUUAUCACAAUUCACCAUUGCCCCAUUUUUUUGGGCUCUCAUUUGUAGUAAGAUAUUGAUGUAUCUCAUUCAGCAGCUUUAAUUUAUGAAAACCCUUGAAGGUGUUGUGGUCUUA